GGUCCAUCACCGAGAGGUCAGAGUGGGAAAGAUCGCGCUUGUUGCGCGUUUUCGUCCCCGUGUGCGUGGUCCUGGUGCUCCUCAUCUUCAUCCUGCUGGCGGCCUUGGCUGUUGUCCAUCUGCGAUCCAGUUUGCCUCACCCGGACUUCUCCCGCGUCUGCCCAGACACUUGGCUUGGUUUCCAAGGGAAAUGCUAUUAUUUUUCUGUGACUGAGAGCAAUUGGACCAGCAGUCAGGAAAGCUGCAAAGACCUGGGAGCUUCGCUGGCCUUCAUAGACUCAACGGACGAGCUGACCUUCAUUAAGCGCUAUAAAGGCGAAGCCAACCAUUGGUUUGGGCUGCGCAAGGAGGAGGACAAUCGCUGGCGGUGGACCAACGGCACAGCCUUCAACCACCGGUUUGAGGUGCGGGGUGGUGGGCCCUGUGCCUACCUGAACCAGGAGAGGAUCAGCUCGUCCCUGUGCCACACCAAGAAGAACUGGCUCUGCAGCAGACCCGACGACUACGUCCUCUGGAAGCAGAAAACGUACCCGCAACAACAGACCCCGUAA